AACACAAAGGAGGCGCAGGCGCAGUGUGCUGUUUAGCGGAUUGUUGCCCCAGAGACCAGGAAAAUGGCUAACCAGUGGGACUGACACUUAUCCAAUUUGUAGAACUUUUAGUAGUCGUGUGAAUUCUGCUUUGUAAUAAACUACAGCCAAAAUGCAGGCAGCGGCGAUGAUGGAAAGGAGACCCGAGGAAGUUGGGGAAAUCCUCGUAAAGGUACAGGAGGACCUGCGUCAGCUGAGGGACAGGCUGGUACACCAGGUCGGCCAUGGCGAGGGGCAGUACGCAGAGGUCAUCGACCUCAAGGCUCUGGAGAAUGCUAUCGAACGCACAGAGGUUGGAGUGAAGGGCCGAACUCAUGAUGUGCUACGGAUGAUCAACAACAGAGUCCAGACCUUACCUGCAGUUGACUUCACUGGUGCCACCCCACAACCUCGCUACCCUGAAAUGGCUCCAUAUGAACAGUAUGACCCACGGUUAGGAGGCCAGUCUCAGCUGAUUAUCCGGCCUCCCAAGCGAGCGGACUCCAGACUGUUGGCUCGCAGACCUGUGGCCCAACUGACACAGCUGACCAAGGGACUUCAGGGGGGAGGGCCGCUGACCGAGGCUCCGGGACAGAUGACAAAGAUGGACAUGAGUAUGAAGGCAGUGGUGAACCCAGAGAACACCCAGAAUAGACAGGUGAUGAGUGACAGCUACGGCAUCCAGCUGCCUCUCAUUAACAAGAGGGAAACAAAACAGCCAUCACCAUCCAAGCUGAUGAGAGGUACCACAGUGGACCACCUUGCAGUACUGCCUCGAGCCAACAGAGUGGACCCUCAGAUCCCCCCUCCCCCCAUCGCUGACCGGGACGCCAGGAAGGGGAUUCUCAGUCUGAUGGAGAGGGGUCUCAUCCCCCCUGCUGCUGAGCUCACCCUUGACCCUUCCCCUGUGAAGCACCGCGUGGCUCCCCUCCAUGACCCGGCCGAGAUGUUCCAGCCGAAGAAAGCAGGUGCCGACCCAACACUAGAUGGAAGGUUCAACCUUGCUCAAGUUAAGUUGGAUGUAUCUUCCAAUAAGUCCUUGGACUCCAUGGACACCAAGAAACCAGAGAAGACGCCACAAACGGCAGACUCCAGGAUUACCAAGACCCCACUUCAGGUCAAAACAUUCGAGGCUCAGCUGCAACCAUUGCCACCACCAACCACUCCUGCCAGCACGGUCAACUUCAAGCGCAGUGGCCACAGGUUCGCUAUCCAGAAUGGCGGCAUCCGAGACGAAGCGCCAGACUUUGUGGCUUUUAGACAACACUACGUGCUUUCCUGGGGAAGCAUCAUCACAGCCCUGGAGCAUCUCUUGAGACUACUGAGAGACUUUGCAGUGCCCCUUGCCUUCAUCAAUGGAGACAAGCUGGCUGAUCUGGCCCUGGAGUUUGAGCUGGAAAAAGCUCCUACCAAGGAGAACUUGCUGUCUGUUAUCGUCAAUAGGGACGAUGUGGAAGCCAUCCUUCGCAGACCUGGUCGGAGGUUCCUGGGCCCAGACGGUGAGCACGUAGCCGCUGCUAAGAUCCAGGCCAUGUGGAAGCGGUACACGGCGCGUAGCUCGUACGUGAGCUACCGACAGAGGAAGUGGGCAGCAGGGGUGAUCGCCAUCUCCUGGAUCAUGAACAUCAAGAUGGCCAAGAUCAGGAAACAGCUGAAGGAGACCAGGCUGUACGAGCUGGACUCCUACAGGAGGAGGAGGAAGGUAUUUUCUGACUCUUGGGACAAGAUAAAGCAAUCCAGACGAACAAUCAUCCAUAUACCCUCCCUAGGCUAUAGCCAGGCAGUAAGAGAUUCUAUCAAGGACUUUGGAAUCAAGCAGAACACGCAGAUGUCAAGAUUAUGUGACCUCAGGGAUCCUCAGGUGGAUGUGAUCUAUGUGUCUCCUGUGGAGAUGAGUGAAGAGAUGCUGCAGUACUACUCCAAACUGCUAGGACUCAGACCUGCUGUGGAGUCUGGUGCAGUAGAGGACCAGUCUGACAUGCAGGAUAGAUACAAGAUUGUUGUUCCAGAGGCUUUUGACAAAUUUCCGAGUCACUCCAUGUGUUUAGCCACCCAUCUUAAGUACAGUCCACAAGCUUUGCAAAGAAUAAGGAACCUGAUCAAAGGGAAAGAAGCUUACAUUGUUCCAGGCGUCAUGCACAAGGAUGACCUGGCAGUGUCACAGAUCCUGGAUGUGCCAAUCCUGGGGAGUGAGCCUGAGGUGGGACAUCUCUACACCACCAAGUCUGGCUCCAAGAGGAUCUUUGCCAGUGCCAAGGUGGACACCCCUCCUGGGGAGUACGACAUCUACAGUCUCCAACAGUUGCACGAGUCCCUGGCCCUGCUGGUGACUGAGAACCUGAAUGUUCGGAGGUGGCUGUUCAAGCUGGAUGAUGAGUACAUGGGGAGGGGCAUCGCUUACUGCGACGUGGUGGAGCAUCUCAACUGUUACAAGUGGGCCAUCAAGGAGCAGCACAGAUACGGGGAGAAAUGGAGCAAGAAAUGGGCACAUGAGCCAGCUCUGAUUAAGAUCCAGGCAGAGAUCCCAGACAUCCUGGAUCAGUUUGGAGUUCCUGCAAACAGGAAAAGGUUCCCAACAUGGGACAAGUUCCUGGAGGCCUUCCUCAGUCAGGGAGGUAUUGUUGAAGCCUGCCCUCCGUCAGAGAGUGUGACAACUCUGUCUGCCGAAAUGUUGAUUGAGCCGACUGGGAAGAUCCGGAUGGUUGCCAACGGUGACCAGAUCAAGGCGGAGGGGCCAUUUGUGAGCUGGGGCCUUUCUGUGCCUCAGUCUUCUGUAGAACCUCAGGUGCUGAAUGAGUGCUGUAUGAGAAUAGGAGAGUCUUGCCGCACCAGAGGAGUUUUGGGAUACUUCUCUGUGGACUUCGUCACCUUCAUUGACCCCAAAACUAUGGAACAGGUCCUGUGGGCAACAGACCUGAACCUGUCCUAUGGAGACUCCACAGGGAUGAGGGAACUCAUGCUGUAUGUGACGUCCGGCACCUUUGAUGCUGAGAACUGUGUGAUCCAGGCCCCGCCACUACCUAAGAAGGAGAAGAAGGAUGGGAGAAGAAGGAGAGGAGAGGAGGAGGAACAGCCCCCGACUCCGCUGCCUCGGUAUGCUGUGAUGAGCACCCAGCUGCUGCACAGUAACCUGACUGUCAUCCACUACAGCGUGUUCUUCCAGAUGUGCAGGGCACAUGGCAUUGGGUUUGACAUCAAGGAGAAACAAGGGACAGUCUUUACCCUUCUGGACAGCUUCAGGAGAGAGCACAUUGGCAUGCUCACUGUUGGUGAAAGUCUCCAGGGGGCGCUUGCCACAUUUGCCAGGAACAUGUCAGUCAUCCACCAGGAGAUCUCUGCACCAAAUAUGCAGGGAGAGACCAACUUUAAGGCUGCCAUCACAGACAUUGAGGGUAUCCUGGGCACGACUAUCCAGAACGUGGAGCGUGAGCAGCAGGAGGUGGAGGCUCAGGAGGAGGAGGAGGAGAAGCAGCAGCAGCAGGGGCUGGGGGGAACAUGAGAGGGAGGAGAA